AUCAGAACACAAAACACCACACGGCACUCUAUUAUCUGUGGUGUGUUUGGGAGGAGAAGGGAGAAAAAAGAAGGAACGAAAUCGAAAGAGAGAUAAGAGAGGGGUUAGGGUUAGGGUUAGGGUUGAGUUUUUAGGAUGCCGAAGAACAAGGGAAAGGGAGGUAAGAACAGGAAGAGGGGAAAGAACGAAGCGGACGACGAGAAGAGGGAGUUGGUGUUCAAGGAGGACGGUCAGGAGUACGCGCAGGUCCUCCGCAUGCUCGGCAACGGUCGAUGUGAGGCCAUGUGCAUCGACGGCACCAAACGUCUCUGCCACAUCCGCGGCAAGAUGCACAAGAAGGUCUGGAUCGCCGCCGGUGACAUCAUCCUCGUCGGCCUCCGGGACUACCAGGACGACAAGGCUGACGUCAUCCUCAAGUACAUGCCCGACGAAGCCAGGCUCCUCAAGGCCUACGGCGAGCUCCCCGACACCACGCGCCUCAACGAGGGCAUUGGCGCCGGCUUGGACGAGGAGGAAGAUGCCACCGCCAACGACUACAUCGAUUUCGAAGACGAGGAUAUCGAUAAAAUCUAAUCUCCACCACCGUCGCCAUUAUUAUCUAUAUAAUAAUAUAUCUCUAGAAUUUGUACUCGUGUUUCUAUUUGCUUCCUUGCAUCUCUCGUCACUUUACAUCUCGGUGUUGGAUUUUAUUUUAUCAUGCGCUGUUGUUCAAUAACUCAGAUAUUUUCGACUGUCAUGUCAUCCCAUUUUUGUUUCGUUAUUAUUGUGCUACUGCUGCCGCUGCUAUGUAUUUUAUUUCCAUGCUGUUUAAUUAGAGCCUCGUGGAUUGGAUUAUUGGUACAAAGUAUAACUGGAAAAAAGUUGAA